AUGGUAGACUGCUAUUCAGGUAGCCUCGAAUUCAACCCAGAAAUUGAGAAAAUCGCAAGGAAACUGAGAAAAGAGGUUGCUGCAGUUGAAGAGGAGAUCGCGAUUGAAGAACAGGUUGUUGUCGACGAACAGGUCGUGGGCACGAAGGAAACAGCAUCUAACCCGGACGAUACCUCUGGUGAAUCUGACGUGGAAGAGCAAAUGGCUGAAGAACAAGCAAUACAGGACGUUGACAAUGUGGAUGACCCUCAACCCCUUUGCUUCGUCUAUCCUGCACUAAAUGCACCACUUGAGCUAAAAUCAGGAUUAAUUCAUCUCCUCCCCAUCUUUAGAGGAAUUGAAAGGGAAGAUCCUCAUAGACACUUGAAAGAGUUCCAUGUGGUAUGCUCCAGCAUGAGACCACAAGGAGUUACAGAAGAACAAAUCAAGCUAAGGGCAUUUCCUUUUUCUCUAGCUGACAAUGCAAAAGACUGGUUGUACUACCUACCUCCGGGUUCAGUCACCACAUGGGGAGAAAUGGUAAAAUUAUUUUUAGAUCAAUUCUUUCCUGCUUCUAGAGCAUCUGCAAUAAGAAGAGAAAUAUCAGGAAUUAAGCAAAAGGAAACAGAAACUCUCCAUGACUAUUGGGAGAGAUUUAAACGUCUAUGUGCUAGCAGUCCUAGGCAUGAAAUCUCAGAUAAACAACUUAUGCUUCACUUUUAUGAGGGACUCACAACCAUGGAAAGACGUAUGAUAGAUGCUGCAAGUGGCGGUGCGAUACGCAAAAGAACACCCCGAGAAGCUAGGGAAUUGAUAUCUACGAUGGCUGCAAAUUCACAACAAUUUGUACCUGUACAAGACUCUCAUAGGAGAGUUUUUGAGGUAAGCAAUUAUUCUGUUGAGUCUAAACUUUCUCAUCUAACCACUUUAGUUGAAAAUCUUGUUGCAGAGAAGGUACAACAAGCCAAAACUUGUGGAAUUUGCGCUAAUACGAGUCAUCCCACUGAUAUGUGCCCAUCACUUCAAGAGGACGACCAGCAUAUGGAUGCUGUCAACGGGUUUCCAGGUCCUCCACAAAGAAAGUACGAUCCUUUCUCAAAUACGUACAACCCAGGAUGGCGAAAUCACCCGAACUUUAGCUAUAAACAAUAA